AUGCCUUCCUUGACCAUAACGGAAACCCAGGGCCAUAUCCGUCCUCUCAAGCGGCGUAUGAACAAUGAGAAGUCUGCGACCCUAAGCAAAAAGCAAUGUCUCGAUACCAGAGGAUCAUCUGCCGCUGCACUGGGCGCGAACAAUCCCACUGGCGCAACACCCACUUUGCCUGCUUUCGUCAGACCAUUACCGUCAACCAUGCUUCACCGUGAGCAGAUGUUCUUGCUUGAACAGGAUGCUUUGACGAUUCCAUCCUUCGACUGCGCCAGACAGCUUAUUCGGAGCUAUUGCCACUCUGUGCAUCCGUACAUGCCCCUACUUGACUGCGACGAGCUGAUCGCACUCUUCGAAUCUGACACAAUACAGAAAUCUAGUGAGCAGGAACAUGAAGGACCCUAUAGCCUUCUGCUGCUGCAGGCGGUUUUCUUCAGUGGAAGCGCGUUUGUCGACCUCGCAACGAUCCGUGCUAUGGGGUUCGAGACUCGACAGGCGGCUCGGGAAGCGCUCUACGCACGGGCAAUGUUACUAUAUGACUUCAAGUAUGAGCAGGAUCUCGUCACCACCUUACAGACACUUCUCCUGUUCACGCACUGGGUGGAACACCCCGAAGAUGACCGGUACACGUGGUUCUGGAUGAGUGCCGCGACAUCGUUAGUGCAAAGCUUGGACUUACCCAACUUGAUCCAAAGACUGCCUUCAACAGCAAGGCAGGCCAAACUCCUCAGGAGAAUAUGGUGGGCGUGUUUCAUGCGCGAAACCAUACUCGCCUUAACAUUACGCUAUCCUCGCAAGAGCGACUAUGCCGACAUGCCCCUUGACAUGCUCCGCCUCGACGACUUUGACUUCGGAGAGCCUAGGCAGUUAAACAUGGACCGCAAGACAAACGACCUUAUGGCUGUCGAGCUGGCCAAGCUCUGCGUUUGCAUCAACCGCAUUCUUUCCAUUCAAUCAUCUCUUGCCGUUUGGUCGAACCAUCCGAUAUUGAAAUGGGCUCCCCAAGCUCUGCAGAUGGACCCAGGCACCCUUUUGAUACACGAGAUGAAUGUUUGCGAAUCCUGGCUCUCGGAAUGGCUGAGCAGUCUACCCCAGGAGCUCGCAACCCCUCUGCUAGAUGAUCAGACGCUCGAGGAACACGAGUAUGGGGCCUCCAUGGUGAACCGCAUAGCCCUCCGGCUCGGCUACAAUCUCGCUGUCAUGGCCUUGUUUCGCCCGCAUAUUCAUCCGUCAUCUCGAGACACUAUGCUUCCUCGUCUUGGAGACCCAGCGCUGAGGGCAAGGGCGUCUACCAAGCUGCAUGAUACCGCAGAGGACACCUCGCGAAUCGCAGCAGCCUUGGUUCGGGCUGAUCUAACAAAGUAUCUUCCUUCUUACACGAUUACCGUCUUCUUUUCAGCCCUCAUCUUUCAACAUAUCGAGUCCAAAACAUGCGGCCCCGCACAACUACCUGUUUUGCGAAGCAAUUUUGACCAUUGCAAACACGUAGCAAUGCAGCUGGGAACGAGAUAUCAGCAUGCCGUCUCUUUCAUGCGAGCUCUUGAACCAGAGCUGGUCAAGCACUCGCAGGACGCCUCACCACAGAAUUUAUCACAUGCAUUCGAGGGCGAAGAAAUGUUGGGUGCAAGCUGGACUGACAUGAAGUCUCCCACACGCCCGAGAAUCACCACGGCGACUCAACGAAGGUCCGAGUCUGGUUCCGAGAUCUUCGAAACCUUGCCACUGAUAGAGCAAGCCCCAGGAACGAUGGGACCUUGGGUCGGUUCAGGAGGUCAGGAAUCAUCUGGAGAAGAUUCAAGCGUGCCCCAACUGGAGGCUCAAGAGAUACAGAUCCAUGAUCACCACAUUUCGGAGCAGGCCCAAUCAGAUACUGACAUCAUCCUGCGUGGACUGCACAAUUCCAUAACGUGGCCAAGAUCAGAGCCCAGAAUCGAUCGGGGCUUGUCUGACGUCGCGUUCCCAGGGCCUGUCACAGCGACCACCGGCUUGCAGAACUCGGGCAACGCGUUUAUGCACCCUGAAACGCUCUUCAGUGACGCCGACUCUGGGAUGAUUGACGCUAUCAACAAAGAUUUCCCCAGUCCGUGGGCCGUUCCCUGGGCAGAUCUCUGGGCAGCUGAGGAUCCCGAAUUCUCUCUUGAACUGGACAUGCAACGCUUUCCUAUCCCUUAG